UUUUUUUCCUUUUUUUUUUUUUUUUUUUAAUAUGAGCAGCCCCUCUCCAUGCUGCCUCCGAGCUGCUCUCUUAUUACUGCUCACUUCCUGAAAGGAGACUUCUUAGCAAAGGCUUUAGCUCCAGCGCUGCCUGGGUCUGACAGAAGAAGGUUAUUGAGGAAGGCGACAUAAACCCUCAGCCUGGAAACUUUCUGACACGCGCAGGACUGAGGGGGAGAGAGAAGCUUUUGGCUGCUGCUGGGAAAAAGAAGAAGAAGAAGAAGAAGAAAAAAGCUCAAAGAAUUAAAAGGGGAAAAAGAAGAAAGAAGGGAAAACACUAGAAAAGGGGCAAUGCCACCGAGAACCUGGGGUUCAGACUAGCCCAUGCUGACCCCGCACAGCACACGGCAAAGACACCGUUGGCUUCGCUGCUUUGGGAGAGCACGGAGCGGCCGAGGAUGCCUGCGGAGGGACCGAGGACUCCUGUCUCUACAUAAGCGGUGGCCGAGGGAGAGACAUGUUGGGACAGCGCCCUUUCAGCUGGCACAAUACUCCCUGCACUGAGACAAGCAUCGCUAACCAUGGCAAUAGCUUGGAGGCUUCUCACAUGGACUGUCAUCUUCACUGCGGCUCUGUGCAACUUUCCCGGUUACGCGUUCCAGUCACAAGAGGAGUUCCUCUCCAGCCUGGAUCACUAUGAAAUUGCGUUCCCCAUCCAAGUGGACCAAAACGGGGACUUCCUCACCUUUGACGUGAGAAGCCAGUUGAAGCAACGUCCUCGGCGCAGUCUGGGUUCCUUGGCCUAUGAGCCAUCUGAGCAGCAGGUUUUCUACAAAGUCUCUGCCCAUCGAACCCAGUUCCUCCUCAACCUGACCCUGCACUCCAACCUGCUGGCUGAGCAUUUCACUGUGGAAUACUGGAAGCGAGAUGGUGUGGACUGGCAACAUGAUUUCCAUGAAGACUGCCACUACGCGGGACACUUACAGGAUCAGUACCUGAACUCAAAGGUCGCCAUCAGCAACUGCAAUGGACUGCAUGGGGUGAUCGUCGCAGAUGAGGAGGAGUAUUUCAUUGAGCCGCUGAGCCCAGGAGCCAAUGUCAGCACAGCGAGUGAGGGCAAGGGCAGCCCCCACGUCGUGUACAAGCGGUCGUCUCUCCAGUACCCACACAUGGAUGCAGCCUGUGGCGUGCUAGAUGAGAAGCCCUGGAAAGGGAGGCACUGGUGGCUGCGGACGUUGAAGCCCUCCCCGCUGAAGCCGUCGGGCAACCACAGCCAGCGUGGCCAACUGCCCCUGAAGAGAUCUGUCAGCACAGAGCGCUACGUGGAGACCCUGGUGGUGGCUGACAAAAUGAUGGUGGGGUACCACGGGCGGCGGGACAUCGAGCAGUACAUCCUGGCCAUCAUGAAUAUUGUUGCCAAACUUUUCCAGGACUCGAGUCUGGGCAAUAUUGUCAAUAUCCUGGUGACCCGGCUGAUUCUCCUCACCGAGGAUCAGCCCACACUGGAGAUUAACCACCAUGCUGGGAAAUCCUUGGACAGCUUCUGCAAGUGGCAGAAAUCCAUUGUGAACAGGAAUGGCAAUGGGAAUGCUAUCCCCGAGAAUGGCAUAGCCAACCAUGACACCGCAGUGCUGAUCACCAGAUAUGACAUUUGCAUCUACAAGAACAAGCCGUGCGGCACGCUGGGCUUGGCCCCAGUUGGUGGGAUGUGUGAACGAGAGCGAAGCUGCAGCAUCAAUGAGGACAUUGGCCUGGCCACAGCUUUCACCAUUGCCCAUGAGAUUGGCCACACGUUUGGCAUGAAUCAUGAUGGGGUCGGCAACAGCUGUGGCUCCCGUGGGCAAGAAACAGCCAAGCUCAUGGCUGCUCACAUCACCAUGAAGACAAACCCAUUUGUAUGGUCCACGUGCAGCAGGGAUUACAUCACCAGCUUCCUGGACUCCGGGAUGGGAUUAUGCCUGAACAACGCUCCUCCCAAGCAAGACUUUAUCUACCCAACAGUGGCUCCAGGACAGGCCUACGAUGCAGACGAGCAGUGCCGUUUCCAGUACGGAGUUAAAUCUCGCCAGUGUAAAUACGGGGAAGUCUGCAGUGAGUUAUGGUGUCUGAGCAAAAGCAACCGCUGCAUAACCAACAGCAUCCCUGCUGCUGAGGGGACCAUAUGCCAAACCAACACCAUUGAAAAGGGGUGGUGCUACAAGAGGGAGUGUGUGCCUUUCGGCACCCGGCCAGAGGGCGUGGAUGGUGCCUGGGGAGCCUGGUCAUCCUGGGGAGAGUGCAGCAGGACAUGUGGUGGAGGUGUAUCAUCAUCCAUUCGCCACUGUGACAGCCCACGGCCCACGAUUGGAGGAAAGUACUGCCUGGGAGAGCGGAAGCGGUACCGGUCCUGCAACACUGAUGACUGCCCACCGGGCUCCCAGGACUUCCGAGAGCUCCAGUGUGCCGAGUUCGACAACGUCCCCUUCCGAGGGAAGUACUACACCUGGAAGACGUACCGCGGAGGGGGUGUUAAAGCCUGUUCUCUCAACUGCCUGGCCGAGGGUUUCAACUUCUACACAGAGCGAGCGGCGGCCGUGGUGGAUGGGACACCGUGCCGGCAGGACUCCAACGACAUCUGUGUCAACGGGGAGUGCAAGCAUGUGGGCUGCGACCGUGUCCUGGGCUCUGACUCAAAGGAGGACAAGUGUCGUGUGUGUGGUGGAGACGGCAGCUCCUGUGAGACCAUUGAGGGUGUCUUCAACCAGUCCCUGCCAGAGGGAGGUUACGAGGAGGUGAUCCAGAUUCCCAAGGGCUCUGUCCACAUCGACAUCCGGGAGCUGAACCUCUCCAUCAACUACCUAGCACUGAGAGGGGAGAGCGGUGACUAUUACAUCAAUGGGAAGCUCUCCAUCGACCCGCCGCGGCGCUUUGACAUCGCAGGCACAACAUUCCACUACAGGAGAUCCCCAGAGGAGCCUGAGUCGCUGGAGGCCUUGGGACCCACCAACGUCACCCUUUUUGUCAUGGUCCUCGUACGGACAGAGCUGCAGGGGAUCCGGUACAAGUUCAACGCACCCAUCGGCAGGGAUGCCUCCAACCAGUAUUCCUGGCACUACGCCCCGUGGACAAAAUGCUCAGUGCUGUGUGCUGGGGGCAGCCAAAUCCAAUCUGUGGUGUGCAGGAAACUUUCCGAUGGCUCAACUGUAUCCAACCAUUUCUGUAGCCCUGAAGCCAAAAUGCCUGAGCGGCAGCGGCCAUGCAAUAUGGAACCGUGCCCCCCAGCCUGGGUGAUUGGGAACUGGUCUGAAUGCAGCCGAAGUUGCAACGAAGGCGUCCGCACACGCAGCGUCUUCUGCAAGCGUAAGAUCUCUGCCACUGAGGAGAAGACCUUGGAUGAUGCCUCUUGCACCCAUCCACGGCCAAAGAUGCUUGAGCCUUGCAAUAACCAGACGUGCCCUCCAGAGUGGGUUGCCCUGGACUGGUCUGAGUGCACCCCAAGCUGUGGGCCAGGUUUCCGCCACCGCAUUGUCCUCUGCAAGAGUGGUGACCACAGCGCAACUCUGCCCCCAUCCCAGUGCCACGAAGGCUCCAAGCCCCCGACCAGCAUGAGGUGCAACCUGCGGCGCUGCCCACCUCCGCGCUGGGUCACUGGCGAGUGGGGAGAGUGCUCUGCACAGUGUGGCCUUGGCCAGCAAAGAAGAUCCGUCCAGUGCCUGGCUCAUACUGGGCAGCCGUCCAGCGACUGCGUGGAGACCCUGCAGCCUCCCGGCAUGCAGCAGUGCGAGACCAAGUGUGAAUCGGGACCUACAGACAACCCUGAAGAGUGCAAGGAUGUGAACAAGGUGGCCUACUGCCCGCUCGUCCUGAAGUUCAAGUUCUGCAGCCGGACCUACUUCCGACAGAUGUGCUGUAAAACAUGCCAGGGGCACUAGGGACACAGCGUGACCCCCGUGGGAAAACUGGAAGGCAAAAGCUCUGCCGGAGGGCCACCAAGCCGUGCCCUUCCUCUCCGCCCCGGGAACCUCCCCUGGGUCCAACACAGACACUGGUCGUGCUUCCAGUGGGAGCCGGCGUCACCCAAACCCGUCCCCAAAAGACACGCACCCUUCGCCCCUGAGCUUCCCAAUGGCAGGUUCCCAGUUAAACCACUGCCAGCCACCAGUGCGACAGGAGCCAGCCGAUGGGCGGUGGGAGAAGCUGGGUCCAGCGCAGCAGCGAGGACGUUACUUGAAAUUCUGACUUGUUAUUUAUUAGUAGCAGACCCAGGUCCUGCAGCCACCCAAAAGGCACCACUCACCCCGCUCCUGCCUCGUCCUCUUCCGUGCCCAUGUCCCGAGGGCAUCGCAGGGCAUGUGGUCUGCAGUGGAGCAUCCCCAGAGAGGCUGCUGCCUGUCCCUCGGGAAUCCCAGGGGAGACAAGGAGGAGGUUUGGGAUGCCACAGGUGACAAGCGUGGCUUGUGGCUUCUGGGCGAUGGAUGAAGAUGAGCUGUGGUGGGGAGUGGGGUUGGAGCACUUUGGUUUCCUUAGUUUGCAUCCUGUCACCUUGGGACAUGCAGCAGGGGACAGAGAGCAGGUCACUCAGUGAGCAGAGUGGUGACACCAGUUUAACUGGGAGAGGGGGUUAUUCAAACUCUCAUAACAACCUACCUGGAUUGGGGUGUCCCCAUGGUUUCCCUUAAAGCCCUUGUCACUAUUAUGACCAUUUUUUAUUGCAGAAACACCUCAAAGCCUGAGCUGAGGUGAGGGCCAAGGCGUGCUUGGGGUUGCAGUCACUUAAUGGCAUCAAGGACAUGCUGGGCUGCAGGAAGCAGAGCAAAGGAGGAUGCAGGACAAGAACUGUCUUGGUCACAGUGUCCCCAUUGCUGAGCUGUGACUCAGGACCAGUCUGCCUGUCAGUCUGUCCCCAGUGAACGCCACAGCCUCCAUGGCUGCUUUGCCUCCAGAGGUGCUUUACUUCCAAAGGUGCUUUGCCUCCAAAAGGUGCUUUGCCUCCAAAGGCAGCCUCGCCACACACUGCUGUGGCCUUGGGGUGCUGGUCCCAGUGCCACCCGCUCCUCUGCCCCCAGGAGACCUCCAGUGAUGGCAAAAGAGCAGGCUUGGAAUUCCUCCAGGUCAUCUCCUGGCCAAAUCUGGGCCAACACAUGUCUUCUCCAUGGGCCACCACAGCCUGUGGAGGACACUUCAGUUUCAAAUCGACAAAGCAUAUGCUUUUUGUUAUCAUUAUUGUUACUAUUUUCAGGCCUUUCUGCAUCACAAAGAGGGGAAGUCUUGUCCAAAGCCAUGUUCUGUUCCCCUGGGGGGUCAUCCCUACGGUGUGGGGAGGUGGACAACCCUUCUUCCCCACGGCAAACCUCUCCACCCGGCCAGUCCCCCUGUGUUACUCUACCAUCUGUAUCUUCACCCACUCGUCAGCCCAUCGCAGCUUCUCUGGUGCUCAGCAAACCCUGUUCGGCUGUCGAGUGGGCCUUCCUUUGUCUUCCUUCCUGGUGCCAUGCUCCGUUCUGACAUGUUGGUGAGGGGAGGGGGUGUUUUCACCUUUUUAUAUAGAUAUAUAUAUAAUGAAAAAUGUUUAACAUACUAACUCUGAGGAGGAGCGACGUAACGGCAUGAUUUAUAAUAAAGGAGUAGCUACGAUCCCGGGCGCA